UAAUGAUUUUGCAUGCGACCAGAGUGAGAAGAAAUUUGUGAAAAAAUCGAGUUUUUUUACGCACCAAAAAUUGGCACAUAAAGAUCGCGAAAACUUAAUGUGUGGCAAGUGUGAGAGGAAAUUUGAAAAUAAAUCAAGUUUACUCAAGCACAAAAAAAUAUUCCAUGAAGUUUUUAAAGAUUACUUAUGUGAAAGGUGCGCAAAGAGAUUUGGAAAUAAACGGAGUUUGCUCAAACAUGUAAAGACAGACCACGAGAGUCUCAAAGAUCACACAUACGACAAAUCGGAAAACAAAGCUGGAAAAAAAUCGCAUUUGUUCAUGCACCAAAAAACAGUACAUGAAGGUCGAAAAGUUUUUGCCUGUCACAAAUGCGAGAAAAAGUGUGAACGAUAUUCGCAUUUACUCAGACACCAAAAUACAGUUCACGAAGGUCGCAAAGAUUUCGCGUGCGACAGGUGUGAGAAGAUAUUUGGAUGUAAAUCAGAUUUGAUGAGACACCAAAAGACAGUCCAUGAAGGUCGUAAAGAUUUUGCAUGCGAUGACUGCGAUAAGACAUUUGGACACAAAUGGCAUUUGCUCACCCACCAGAACACCGUACAUGGAGGUCGCAAGGAUUACACAUGCGACAAGUGUGACAAGAAAUUUGGAGCCAAGUAUAAAUUGAUUAGGCAUAAUAACACAGUCCACGAAGGUAGAAAAGAUUUUGCAUGUGACAGGUGUGAGAAAACAUUUACACAUAAACCGAAUUUGCUUUACCACCAAAAGACAGCCCAUGAGCGUCGCAAAGAUUACGUAUGUGACAAGUGUGAAAAGAAAUUUUCA